AUGGGAUGGCUUGCCACAUUCAACAUACUGACGCUGAUACACUGCUCUCAGCUGAUGUGUAAACGACUAAAAGUUUCAGCACUUGACUAUGUUGAUGUGUUUGGCUACGCAAUGUCAAUUGGUCCGGACUUCUCACGAAACUAUUCUCAAGAAGCAAAGACAGCGGUUGCUGUAAUUUUGACUAUAGCUAACGUAGGGUAUUGUAUAGUCUACAUAUCGAUGGCAGCUGCAUAUUUACAACAACUUGUGCCAGUGUACAUAGGUGACCAUUUGUUCCUGCGUCCAUAUGUGGUAUUUUUCGGUGUGUUGUUACUGCCGAUAGGCAUGACAACGACUUUGACACUCCUUGCUCCAUUUUCAACACUUGGAAACAUUUUCAACAUGAUCAGCCUCGUCACCGUGAUACAGUACAUCUGCAGGGACUUACCGAGCAUUGACUCUGUACCAUCGUUCUCAGGAAUUCACGAACAACGUGACUUAGUACUUAUAGCCAUUUCGAAUAUCAUGUUUUCUUACGAAGGAAUUGGCACUGUCCUGUCUAUCGAGAACAGGAUGGCUGAAAAACAUAGUUAUGGUAGAUGGAAUGGUCUUGCGGCGCUUGGAAUGUCGAUAACGGUCAGCGUAUAUACAGCCUGUGGUUUCUUCGGUUUCCUCAAGUUUGGCGAAAAGACGAAACCCUCCCUGAUCUUGAAUCUCCCAACAGAUGAAGUGUGGUAUCAGGGUAUCAAGGUGCUCAAUAUAUUAGGCCUUUAUACCGCAGUUGGAUUCACAUUAUUUGUUCCAUCCAAAGUAAUCUGGCAAGGUAUUGAAAGGAGGGUUACAUCAGGAACGUUGAUCAGAUAUGGAGAAUAUGUUGUCAGACUACUCAUUAUGCUUUUUAUGACCUUGUUUGCGAUGGCAGUUCCAAACAUGGACCUGUUACAACCACUCGUAGGCGCUAUGUGUGGCAGCUCGUUGUCGUUCGUGUUCCCCCCACUCAUGAUGACAUUUAUUUUGUGGAUUCCAGACGAGAAGGUUGAACAAUCAACAUGGAAACGCGUGAAACAUAAAAUUUUAAUUAUAUUUUAUAUAACAUUGUUUUUAUUGGGUUUAAGUUUUACCGUAUUUGGCACAGUAGAGGCGGUAAUGCGAAUUUUACGCCGGUACGGAUAG